UGUGCCUAAUAAGUUGAAAACAAUAAAGAAAAAAACAAAAAUAAGCAUUUGCCUUAUCAGUAAAAAUUAUUGUCAUCGAUAACACACACACACAAAAAAACCAAACAAAAAAAUAUGAAAUUGGGACUUUUGAAGAAAUGUUGCUGCUGUGUGGGUCUACGACAUGGUUGUAUUGCCAUUGCCGCUGUUGAUUUCAUUAUCAAUAUCGUUUUGGUCAAUAUUGGCACCGAUCAUAUUGCUGUUCGCAUUGAACAUGCUGUGGCCAUUUGUCAUUGCAUUGGUUGUCUAUUGUUACUCUUUGGUGCCCUUAUUGAAUCAACAAUAUUAUUAAUAUUUUAUCUCAUCACUAGUUUUAUCAACACUGUGAUUUUAAUUAUAUUUUCCAUUUAUCUCAUUAUGUAUGCACUAGCGACCACUUUGUUUGUAGUUUUAACCUGUUCCAUUCUGAUCUGCUUGAAUUUUUAUUUUUGGCUGGUCGUAUACUCAUAUUACAGGGGACUAAUCACUUAUUACGAUACUGAAAGCGUCGAUGGCACUGAGGUUUAAAAUAAAAC